AUGGAAAACGAAUGGGAUACGUUUGCCUUCGAGCUUAUUACAAAAUAUCAGCUACAAAAAUGCGUUCUGCAUCGUUACACCAGCGAGAUGGACAUCAUACGUAGAUUAUCGAAGGUAGAAAAAAUAGAUGAAACGAUUCUCAAAUGGCUACAAGGAUUACCGGAUGUCCAUCCAGCCACCGACGAGAAGUCCAACCAGUAUCGCGAAGGAGGCAAUGCAAUUUUUAAAAGCAAAACAAAUGACCAUCUCGCUCUGGAAGCCUACAGCAAAGCAAUAUUCGCUGCCCCUGAAGGAUCGGAAGCCCUUGCGCUGGGUCACGCUAAUCGUGCUGUACUGCUCAUUCGUUUUGGUCGCUAUCGAGAGGCGUUUGAAGAUUGUGAGCUAGCGCUCGCUGGCCGCUACCCGCAGUCGAAACGAUUGAAGGUGUGUUUCCGACAGGCGGAAUGCGCCGAGCAGCUAAACGAUGGGAAGCUGUUGGACACCAUCAUUGAAAACAUUGCAUCCCAGGAAGCCACGACACGGCUGUCUGUAGCUGAAAAAGCAAAAUUAGUCCAACUUCGGGCGUUGCAGAAAGUGCUUAAUGGUCACUCGUCGCAUGCUGAGGGAGUUUUGCAGGAGGAAUUGAUUUUUCCAAAGUUGCUAGAGAAACAAAAUCAAAGCGUUGGUAGAUAUGUAGUUACAACAGAGACGAUUGAGGCAAAUAGCAUCAUUACCAGAGAGAAGGCUGUGUCGUUUAUUCCGGUCUAUGAACCGCAUCCUAAAUCCACGAUACCUUCGUUCGAUUGCCAAUAUUGUGCCCGCGUAAAUGUGAUACCAUUUCCAUGUGCUACGUGUGGGGGCGCAUGCUACUGUAGCAUACAAUGCAGAACAAACCAUGCAUCGAUACAUCGUUACGAGUGCUAUGGAUAUAGAAAGCACCUCUGGUACCAUAUCGGUAUCGCUCAUUUGGGAAUGCGCUGCUUCCUGGAUGGUUGCGCUGCGAUACGUACUACCGAUUUUAACAUCACCGAUACACUCACCGACAUUGGACAAAUUAUUUCCCCCGCUGAACAGGAUAACAGUGCACUUGGCAACUACAUUGGAUUGUUUCACUUGGUGACCAAUUUCGAGAAGAUGGAUAUGGCUGAUGUUCUUCAAUACGCGCUGGUGUCUUUCAUGUUGGCCGUAUAUUUGCGAGACUGUACGAACUUUUUCAGUGAAAUGAAAAGUUUGUCGCACAACGAGAAAUUAGUGUUUGUUGGUACACGCGUGCUACACCACGUUGGCCAGCUAGUUUGUAAUGGUCACGUGAUAAGCGAACUACGCGGGACACUGCCUUCAGAAGUCAACUGUUACGAAAGAAAUAGUUUGCACAUCAAUGCCGGCCACCUGCACCGGUAUUUCACCAGCUCGCGCGUGUUCACUGGAAUUUUUCCUCGGAUCAGUUUGUUCAAUCAUUCAUGCGAUCCGAACAUACGAAAUCAUUUCGAAGGAUCAACACUCACGGUACACGCUACAAGAACCAUCGACGCCAAUGAACAAAUCUUCAACUGCUACGGUCCGAACUGCAAGAUUAUGACUACGAAGGAACGGAAAAUGUACCUUCGUAAGCAGUACUGCUUCGAUUGCAACUGUUCUAGUUGCUCGGCCAACGAUGAUUCCGGUAGUGAAAUGUACAAGCUAAUCAAAUGCCCACAGGCAGGUUGUGGGAAGCAGUUCCCAAAAGAAUUGAGACAGCAAGACCUACGUGAUGCAUUAAAUUGCAUGCACUGUGGAGAAAAAAUAAAUUGUGCGUGGUUUACUACUAUAGUACAAAUAGUCCAAGAAGGCCAAGACUAUACCAACCAUCUGUUUCGGAUAUGCCUUCGAGCGUAUGCAGAGGGUUGCCAAAUUCUGACAAAGUAUAAUGAAACGAAGGUACACAUUUUGGCCAUAAUAUUUGAUUAUUUCCUGCAGUUUGCUGGCAUCGAUCCCUUUUGUUUGAGUGCAUUGAAAACUCUGGUUUAUGAGUUGAUCAUGCUGCGACGCAAUCAGUUCGGGCACAUGAGCCUGGAAUACAUCGUUGGAUGUUUAUAUCUGCUAGAUCUGCUAGCCAUUGAGAGGCUUGUAAACGAUGGUAGGGCGGUUCGUGUGGAUGUGCAUUGUUGCAAAAUUUUGACAGACUUUCGCGAGGCGCUUAGUAUUGUAGGAGAAAAUACCCGUUCAACGGUUUUGCAUUAUUUAGACAAGUAUGUCACGUUAGAUGGCCCAGAAUGAACUGGCUAGCGAGCACAACCAAAUUAGGCAUAUUACCUUUCCGGACGGUUCCUUUGUUCAUGUUAUAAGCAUAAGUAACAUCUCUGAAUAGCGAAAUCUUUGGUCAGUUCAUACGGAGGAAAAAGCAAGAACUGCAGAAAUCUCAAGGCACUAAAAAGUGGCAAGAAAGGAAAAUAGUUUCCUGACCGAACUUCUCAAUUUUCAUUUCCCGGAACUCUACUGAGUAUCCUGUCUUUUUCUUAUUUGUUCGUUUUGAAGCUCCAUCGUUUCUAUUUUACGGACUUUUUUCAUAACUGAAUUCAACCGAGGUCGUGAUGAGAAUUUAAAAAAAGUGAGCUAAUUUCAAAUCAUUAUACAACUGUGAACGAACACGGUAUUUCUGGAAUAAUAGUAAUGGUUAUUUUAUCUUUGAAUGUAAAAUAACUUCUAUCACAGCAACGUUCUUCUCUUUAACUUUUUCUCUUAUUAGUCUUAAAAUUUGAAACAGUUGAAAAACUACUUUUGAUAAACGCCAGUGUCAAGGAACUUCGAUGCUUGAGGCAUUUCGUAACAAACGUGAAAUUUGGUUCAAUACUACAAAUCAUGUACCUAAUGUUCAUGCUUAUGUAUUAAUUUUCGUUUUUCUCAUCAUAUGAAUUUCCGAGAUUUAGCUCAUCGAGAGUUAAAUAUAACUGAAUAUAC